AUGUCUGUUUAUAUUUUAGCUGAAGGUCCAAUCAAUUCUAAUAGUACAUAUUUCACAGAACAUCAACAAGAUCUGAGUACGACUCAAUCGAGUGCAUCGAUUUCAAAAGCAGCAUUCAAUACACCAGCAACUGAAACAUUAGGUGGUGUGCAAACAACUAAUUCAUUUCAUUCUAUUUCAAGUAUGGAUUCAGCAGUUGAAAUGUCUAAAUAUUUUCCUGAACCUCCAACACCUAGUUUAUUACCAAUCAGGCAUCAGCAACAAGCCGAAGGUCAGGCACAAUUAGCAUCUACACUGAAUACUGCAACUAGUGCAAAUACUAAUAUUGUUAAUGCUGGUUCUUAUACACCUGCAUCUGUACCUACUGCAGUACAACGAUUACCACAACCCGUAGAAGGAGUACCUUCAAUGGCACAACAACAACAACAACAACAGCAACAAAGACCGGUACAGCCAUCUGGUCCUCCUCAAUUUCUGUCAGGUAUUCCAAGUCAUCCAUCACAAAUUCAAGGACUCUCUGUUUCACAAGCUGUUGUUAAUGAUGUAAUUGUGGAUCUUCAAAGAAAAGUUAUAGAUGAAACCUUACAACAAUAUCAUGGUGAAGCAUUAAGUGGUGAUUAUUUAGAACCUCUUGCUCCAAUUUAUCUUCAUGCACCACAACCGACAAUAAUUCUUAGAUCCGACCUUCAUCGUCUUCGUGCUGAACUUGGCAAUCGUGUUCGUCCGCCGGUUAUCUACGGUCAGCCAGCAGGCACAUUUCAACAAAAUUUGUUUCAAGGACCUAGAUUUCCAGCUCCUGCGCAACAAUAUAUUCCACCAGAAUGUUACGGAGACUAUCAAAAUGUGUUUUACGCAAACAGUGAUGAAUAUAAGACGACGACGACAGGCGAUGAGCAUAGAAAGGAAAAAGAAGAACGAUUGUAUAAUGAAGCCCAGUCACCUGCGCUCAAUGACGACAAUAUCAAUGAUAAGGUUCAUAGUGCAUUUGAUUUUCAAGGCUUAUCCACUACAUCAUUUGAUCGUCACGCCUCACCUUCCCAUUCUUCUUCAUUACUUUACAAUCUUGAAGAACAGCAACAAGGUAACGAGGAGGCAUUACUUAUAUCAUCUAAUAAUAUCAACAGCGAGCAACUUGGUAGAACUGACAAUAUGUUCCCAAGACCUGUGCAUCCGCGACAAGAAGUAACAUUCGAUAUCGAAAAUUGUAUAUUACGAUGUUUUGAAGCUCAUCGUCAAAGAGUAGCUCGACGACGAGCUGCUCGACAAGCACGAAAAGCAAGACGUCUUAGACGAUCUCCGCAACAACAGCAAUAUCGACAUUUGUAUUAUACUAAUCAGUAUCCAAAUUUUCCUAUUCAACCAACAACUCCUUCAUUUGGCUCUGUUCAACAAACGCAACGGCAACAACCACUGUCAACUUCAUAUUACUCAGACGUAGUAACUCAACCAACAAAUAUUUUCACAUCGGUUCAUACACCUCAAACGCCAUAUAUUCCAAUUACAACACAUGAUUACACAAAUGUAGUUCAAACAACUUCUUUGCCAACUGAUAUACAACAAUAUCAAACAUCUGAUAUUGUUAAUACCUAUACAAAUCAAGUACCAUAUUCAUCAUUAUUAACUUCAAAUAUUGAUGCUGGAGUAUCAACUAAUAUACAGCCUACAACAACAGACUAUUAUCACUUCACAAAACAAAAUAUACAAGAACCAUAUAUUCAUUCCAACGUAUUCGAUUAUACAUCCCAGCAAUCAGUACCUUCUACUACUGAUUUGAUUCAACAGUCAUUAAUAGAACAAAGCCAACAGCAAAGAUCUUUUGAAUAUUCAAGUCAACUGCCACAUUCUACUUUUCAAUCAACAGAUGCUAUAGUUCCAAGUGGAAUACAACAGUUAACGUCUGAAUAUUAUCAACAAGUACCAACUCAACAUAUUCAAACUCAAGGAACUUAUGGUCAACCGACAACAACAUUUGAAUAUACAACAACAAGUACACAAUCUCAACAUCCCCUUUAUGAAUAUCCGGCUGUAGAACAAACAACAUCUCAGUAUCCAUAUAACAUAGACACUCUUGAACAAAAACGAUCCAUUGACUAUACAACGACAACACCAGCUACUUCUUUUCCAGUAAGAACAGAUAUUCAACAAAUACAACGAACACAAACAAUUGAUCAAUUGAGUCAACAACCUACAUCUUCAAUUUAUCAUGAACAACAGCAAAUACCAGUCCCUAUAUCUCAAGCUCAAGAAGGUUAUGGUCAACCUACUGGAACAUUUGAAUAUACGAGAGAAAGUUAUCAAUUACAAGCACCAAUCUGUGAUUCUAGACGUGCACAACAACAAUCAACUCAAUAUCCAUAUAAUCUUGAAACACCAACAACUCAUAUUCAGCAAACCGAACAGAAACAGACGAUCGAUCAUUUGAGUCAAGAAAGUACAACUUCUACGUAUUACGAACAACCACCAAUACCUCAAGCUCAAGGAGAUUACGGACAAACAACCGGAACAUUAGAAUAUACAAGAGAAAGUUAUCAAUCUCAACAACCAAUCUAUCAUUAUACAACUGGAGAACAGCAACCUUCUAGAUAUUCAUACAAUCUUGAUACUAUUCUACAACAACAACCUCAACAACAGAAAUCCUUUGACUACACAACAGCAGCCACAACUAUAUAUACAGAACCAACAGGUGAUAUUCGACAGACAGAACAAAAACAAACAAUUGAUCAUUUGACUCAGGCAAGUACAUCUUCUACUUACUAUGAACAACAGCAAAUACCAGUUCUCACAUCUCAAGUUCAAGGAGGUUAUGGUCAACCAACUGGAACAUUUGAAUAUACGAGAGAAAGUUAUCAAUCAGAGAAACCAAUCUUUGAUUCUAGACGUGCACAACAACAAUCAACUCAAUAUGCAUACAAUCUUGAAAGACCAGCAGCUGAUAUUCAGCAAACCGAACAGAUUCAAACAAUCGAUCAUUUAAAACAAGCACGUACAUCUUCUACUUACUAUGAACAACAGCCAAUAUCAGUUCCUAUUGCUCAAGCUCAAGGAGGUUAUGGGCAAGCAACCGGAACCUUUGAAUACACAAGAGAUAGUUAUCAAUCUCAACAACCCAUUUAUCAUUACACAAGUGGUGAACAGAAAACUUCUGAUUAUUCAUACAAUCUUGGUAUUAGUUCACAACAACCUCAACAACAAAAAUCCGUCGAUUACACAACAGCAGCUACAACUACCUAUAUACAACCUAUAGGUGAUAUUCGACAGAUCGAACAAAAACAGACAAUCGAUCAUUUGGGUCAGGCAAGUGUAUCUUCUCAGUACUACGAACAACAGCAAAUACCAGUUCCAAUAUCUCGAGUUCACGAAGCUUACGGCGGAGGAACUGGAAAAUUUGAAUAUAUUCGACAAGAUUAUCAAUCCCAGCAACCCAUCUAUGAUUAUCAAAGUCCAGAACAACAGACUUCUCAAUAUUCAUAUAAUCUUGAAGGUACUCAACAGCAGCAGCCUACACAACAAGAAGCAGCUCAAUAUAUAUCAAAAGUUACUAAAGCUUAUCUUGCACGAGGAACUGAUAUUCAACAGUUACAACAAAGACAAAUAAGUGAUCGUAUUCCUAUAGCACCUACGUCUUUAAGUUACUACGAACAACGACCCAUACCAGUUCCUACAUCGCAAAUUAUAGACACUUAUACUCAACCAACUCAAAUGUUAGGAUACACAAGAGAAGUUCAUCAGUCACAAAAACCAAUUUAUGAUUAUCGAAGUGCAGAACAGCCAUCAUCUCAAUAUUUAUAUAAUCUCGAAGGAGGUGUUCAACUUGGACAAAUUCAGCAACAAGACUCUAACAAAUAUGUAUCUGACGUUGCUACAUCUUAUGUAGCACCCGGAACUGAUAUUAAACAGAUACAACAACACCAACAAAUAAUUGAUCAUGUUCCUAUAGCAUCUACCUCUUUAAGUUACUAUGAACAACCACCCAUACAAGUUUCUGCAUCUCAAAUCACAGAAACUUAUACUCAACCAGUUGGAACAUUAGGAUACACACAACAAACUUAUGAAACGCAAAAACCGAUUCAUGAUUUUCGAAGGGCAGAACAGCCAUCAUCUCAAUAUUUAUAUAAUCUCCAAGGAGGUGUUCAACUUGCACAAAGUCAGCAACAAGACUCUGACAAAUAUGUAUCUGACGUUGCUACAUCUUAUGUAGCACCCAGAACUGAUAUUAAACAGAUACAACAACAACAACAAAUAAUUGAUCAUGUUCCUAUACCACGUACAUCUGUGAGUUCCUAUGAACAACGACCCAUACAAGUUCCUAUAUCUCAAAUUACAGAAACUUAUACUCAACCAACCGGAACAUUAGGAUAUACAAAAGGAAUUUAUGAGUUGCAAAAACCUAUUGGUGGAUAUCAAGGUACAGACCAACAAUCCUCUCAAUACUUAUACAAUAUCCAAGGUAUUCAACAACAGCAAUCUACACAACCAGAAGCGACUAAAUAUAUAUCAGAAGUUGCAAGAGCUUAUUUGACAUCUGGAGGUAAUAUUCAACAAACGGAACAACAGCAAUUAAUUGAUCAUGUUCCUGUAGUACGCACAUCUUUAAGCUACUACGAACAACAACCCAUACCAGCUCCUACAUCUAAAAUCAUAGAAACUUAUACUCAACCAGCUGGAUUAGUGGAAUAUACCAAGGAAAGUUAUCACCCUCAGAAACCUGUUUACGAGUAUCAAGGUCCAGACCAGCAUUCAUCUCAAUAUGCAUGCAGUCUUGAAGAAGGUGCUCAAGUUCGACAAGCUCAGCAAGAAGACUCUUACAAAUAUGCAUCUGACCUUACUACAUCCCACGUAGCACGUGGAACCGAUAUUCAACAGCUACAACAACCACAAAUAAUUGAUCAUGUUCCUAUACCACGUACAUCUGUGAGUUACUAUGAACAACGACCCAUACAAGUUCCUAUAUCUCAAAUUACAGACACUUACACUCAACCAACUGGAACAUUAGGAUAUACAAAAGGAAUUUAUGAGUCACAAAAACCAAUUUAUGGAUAUCUAGGUACAGACCAACAAUCCUCUCAAUAUUUAUACAAUACCCAAGGUAUUCAACAACAGCAACCUACACAACCAGAAGCGACUAAAUAUAUAUCAGAAGUUGCAAGAGCUUAUUUGACAUCUGGAGGUAAUAUUCAACAGACGGAACAACAGCAAAUAACUGGCCAUGUUCCUGUGGUACCUACAUCUUUAGGUUAUUCCGAACAACAACCAAUACCAGCUCCUACAUCUAAAAUGAUAGAAACUUAUACUCAACCAGGUGGAUUAGUGGAAUAUACCAAGGAAAGUUAUCAACCUCAGAAAUCUGUUUACGAGUAUCAAGGUCCAGACCAGCAUUUAUCUCAAUAUGCAUGCAGUCUUGAAGAAGGUGCUCAAGUUCGACAAGCUCAGCAAGAAGACUCUUACAAAUAUGCAUCUGACCUUACUACUUCCCACGUAGCACCUGAAACUGAUAUUCAACAGAUACAACAACAAGAAAUAAUUGAUCAUGUUCCUAUAGCACGUACAUCUGUGAGUUCCUAUGAACAACGACCCAUACAAGUUCCUAUAUCUCAAAUUACAGACACUUACACUCAACCAACUGGAACAUUAGGAUAUACAAAAGGAAUUUAUGAGUCACAAAAACCAAUUUAUGGAUAUCAAGGUACAGACCAACAAUCCUCUCCAUACUUAUACAAUACCCAAGGUAUUCAACAACAGCAACCUACACAACCAGAAGUGACUAAAUAUAUAUCAGAAGUUGCAAGAACUUAUUUGACAUCUGGAGGUAAUAUUCAACAAACGGAACAACAGCAAUUAAUUGAUCAUGUUCCUGUAGUACGUACAUCUUUAAGCUACUACGAACAAAGACCCAUACCAGUUCCUACAUCUCAAAUCAUAGAAAAUUAUACUCAACCAGCUGGAGCAUCAGGAUACACAAGAGAACUUUAUGAAUCGCAAAAAGCAACGUAUGAUUUUCCAAGAGCAGAACAGCAAUCCUCUCAAUAUUUAUAUAAUCUCGAAGGAGGUGUUGAACUCGGACAAACUCAGCAACAAGACUCUUACAAAUAUAUACCUCAUGUGGCUACAUCUUAUGUAGCACCUAGAACUGAUCUUCAACAGUUAGAACAACAACAACAAAUAAUUGAUCAUGUUCCUAUAGUACCUACAUCUUUGAGUUAUUCUGAACAACAACCCAUACCAGUUCCUGCAUCACAAAUGACAGAAAUUUAUACUCAACCAACGGGAUUAGUGAAAUAUACUCAGGAAAGUUAUCAACCUCAGAAACCUGUUUACGAGUAUCAAGAUGCAGAAAAGCAUCCGGCUCAAUAUGCACACAGUCUUGAAGAAGGUGUUCAAGUUCGACAAGCUCAGCAGGAUGACUCUUACAAAUAUUUACCUGAUGCUGCUACAUCUUAUAUAGUACCCAGAAUUGACAUCCAACAGAAGGAUCAGAUACAUACAACUGACGAUUCAAAUCAAGCAUUGAGUUCUUCUCUUCAAUACCAAGAGCAGCCAGUAUCAUUUCCUGGCUCUCGAAUUUACGAUUCAGGAUUACACGAUCAACGAUUAACUGAUAGAUUGAUUCCAAGCGAUAGAAUAGAAUAUGCGGCACAAUCAGAUCGUUCUCAAGGACCUUUGUCAGAUAAUUAUUCAACGGAAACUUUUAUUCAACAAUACGAACAACCACAAAAGAUCGGCUCAUUAAGUGUCAACGAUUAUGUCAAACAAUUUGAAUCAAAAUUAUAUCCACAACAAAGUGGAGGACCGUUUAGGUCCUCUGACGAUUUGCAAUAUUAUCCUAUGAAAACGAACAUUCCUUUUACUAUUCAACAAAAUGUGGAUAUACAUCCAUUACAAAAAUCUAAACAAACGUAUGAUCUUCAAAAUUAUACAAAUCAAUCUCUUGUCUCAGACACAUUGCAAUCAUCACCACCGAUUUCGUCAUUAUUAUACGAAGAAGGGCAACCAGGUCUUCUUCAAAAAACUUCUACAAGAAAACCAGUAACUGAAAUAUUUCAAAAACUAGAACCAAGGAGUGAUAUCGAAACUUCUAUAUAUGAUACAUUUAGUUCAUUACCACCGCCACCGGUGUCAGAAGAAAUCGAUCGUCAACAAGAAUCAAUUUCAACAAAUUUAUCUGAUUUUCCUCCACCACCAACACUUGAUCGUCGUGCAUAUGAUAUAAUACAACAACGACCAAGUCGCUCAUUCAGGUCAAUCAUUCCGUCAACUGAUCAAACAAGUAUUUAUACUUAUCAACCAUUACUAUCCACAUGUAUUCCUUGUGGAGGUCACGGAACUGAUGUAAACAUUACAGGAAAUGAAGAACCUUUUAAUUUACGUCGAUGUAUUUUUGAUUGUUAUGCAAAAUAUCAAGAUUUAUGGAAUAAACAAAAACAAAAACAAAAACAACCACAACAAAAACAAAUUACUGAUUUACAACAUCCAUUAUAUGAUGCAAAUGUAAUAAAUCAACAAGAAUUUGAUCAAUAUCCACAAAUAGUACCUCAACAACCAAUAACAACUGUGAUAUCUCAAAAUGAUCAACAACUAAUACCACAAUCAAAUGACAUAUCAUUUACUAAUUAUGAUCAUCAACAACUACCACAACAAUAUCCUGGCAAACGUGAAAUACAUUGUGCUGAUGUUUGGACACAAACAGCACCUCACGAUUUAACAACACAAUCUAAUAUUCUACAACAUACAUAUGAUCAAACACCAGCAAUUUUUGAUACAAAACCCUAUUUAUCUCAAUUACCAAUAAAAGAUUUUUCUACUGACACAAGAGGACAACAAACAAUCGAAUAUAGCCCCCCAUUAAUUACUCAAACACGUCAUGUGAUCCCCACAAUACCACAAUCUUUACCUUUAUCGUUUUACAAAUACACAGAACAUAAGCAACCACAAAUACAGCCACAACAACAACAACAACAGCAAUCAAUAUACAAUCAUCCAUUACCUUACCCUCCUCAUUUGUCCUUCGACGAUAAUUUUUACCAACCAAAUUAUGAUUUUCCUUCACAAAUAACAGCUCAACCGCGACAUUAUCAAAACAUACCUUUAGAUAAAUACGAAGAGCAACAGCAACGACAUCGUACACAUUCGGAGCCCGCAUCAAUACAACAAGAUUCGAUCACUGCAAUCCCACCUUUACAACAAUCAUCGUCACAAAUAUUUCAACAUUAUCCGCAAAGACCUACGUCAAUACCAAUGGUUUAUCGACGACCAACACAAGCUGGUAUACCACCGUUUCGUUUAAUUGAUAAUGGUCGUGGAUACAUAGCAGAUGGCCCAUGUUAUGGUUGUACACCUCGUGUUGAUCCUAAAACUGGUCUCUGUUUAGUACCUUGUCCACAAGCACUUAAAUAUGCUCAUUUACCACCACACCUUCGACCAGAAUUAUUCUGUGUUGAGCUACCACCAGUAAGUGUUCUUCCACCACCACCACCACCACCAGUAACUCUUCUUCCACCUCCACCACCACCACCACCAAUAACCUAUCUUCCACCACCACCACCGCCACCACCAAUAACCUAUCUUCCACCACCACCACCACCACCAAUAACCUAUCUUCCACCACCGCCACCACCACCAAUAACCUAUCUUCCACCACCACCACCACCACCACCGGCACCACCACGAGUAAUUUUUGUUAAACCACCACCACCACCACCACCACCACGACCACAAGUAAUUGUUGUUAAACAACCACCGCCACCACCACCACCACCACCACAAGUCAUUCUUGUUAAACCACCACCGCCACCACCACCACAAAUAAUUGUUGUUAAGCCACCGCUACCACCACCACCACCACCUCCUCCACCACCUCAACGAGUUUGUGUCAAAUGUUGUUGUGCUCCAGGACGAACACUCGUCAAAAAAAUUGUUUACAGACAAAUCGAAGACGAACAACAACAACAACAAGAAUCAUAUAUUGAUUAUGGUUCGGUUAUUGAUCAAUUAGGAACAAGAAUCAAUAUUCGACAUGGAGAUACUCUAAUGGAAGGUGGCGGAACAUAUAUUUCAGGCAAUUAUAAUGAACAAUUACGUGUUGUUGAUUUUCCUGUUUAUUCAUCUGGCGAAGAUGAUCCUAAUUUGAUGCCACUUACAGCCGUCAAUUAA